AUGACAGAAGAAAGGGAAAGAAAAGCUCCAAUGGAGUACAUCCAGGCCGAUAAAGUCUCGUUCGGCAUGUUCCUGCUCCGAGUUUUUACAAUCUUUGCGGGCAUCAUGGCUAUCGUCAACCCAUAUAGUUCGUACUUCAGAAAGGUUUUAUUGGCUUCAGCAGCCGCAAAUGCCCUUCGCCUCCAUCAGCGAGUUCCCCAUUUGACGCUUAGCGCACAAACACUACAAAAUAUACUGGCGGAAGAUUCAGGACAUUAUCUUGCUUUUUCGAUCAUGUUCUUGGGCGUCAAAAAUCCAAUGAUGAUCAUUAUUCUUCCACUGAUGGCAUUUGCUGUUAUGCAUUCAUGCGCUUAUUUCACGAAACUCUCGACCGAAACGACUCUACCUCAAAUUGGCCUACUCACGAAAGCAAUUACGUACAUCCGCUCUAAAAAUCAAGUUCUUCUCCAGUUUAUCGCUAUGAACGAAAUCUUCAUGAUGCCGAUUACCGUCUACCUCGCAUUUACUGGCAACGGAAUCUUUCUUCCUAUCAUGUAUUAUCGUUUCUUGCUCAUGAGAUAUUGCUCUGAAAGAAAUCCAUACAAUCGUAUGUGUUUCAACCAACUGAAUAUGGCUGCGAUGCAGUUCGCCGCUGGAGGAAGCUGUCCUGGUUUCGCUCGAAAUCUGAUCUACAAAGCAAGUGCCAUGAUCAACCGAAUGGCCCCGAUGCCAGCUGCUGCGUCUCAAUAA